UAUACUUGUCAUCGCUUUCGAUUGUUUUACAGGCGUAUGCGACAUCACCGAGGGACCAUACCUGCCUCUGAGUGUACACGUUAUCCCUGUUACUCUUUUAUUUCCAAAAUCGUUGUGAUUGGCGUAGAAGGAGUGUAAUAACUCUGCUCGGAACCAUUAUAUUGAAUGAAUGAAUGAAUCGAUUUUGACAGGUGUUUGUAUAUACUUCGUUCUGCAAAUUCCUUUGUGAAUCUCUCGUUCUGAUGAUCGCGAAUCGUCAUGUUUGUCAGUGGAAAUUUCACGUGGAUACAUGCAAAAUGUAUUCCGCAAAUAUUCAUGAGUCAUAAGUAUAAAAAUGACGUACAAUAAAUGAGGUUAUUAUACUCGUUCCCGAUAUGUAAAUAAAUUCGUCAUCCGACGCAAUGGCAUUCUCAUUUCGAAUUGGCACCAAUUGGUGCCAUGAUUUUCCGAAACUUGCCAGGGAGUCGGGAUUUUACUUUAACAUGCAUGGAUCUAGAGUACGAGUGGAUUGGAAUCGCAUAAGUGCCAUAGAUAUAGACAGAGUAAUACGUGAAAGAGAUUUCUCAACUAUUGAUGAGAAUAUCAACAAUGUAAUAGAUUAUUGUUUGGAGAGUGAAUAUGAUGUCAAAAUCUUAGAUUCUAACUUUGUUAAAUUAUUUAGACUAGCACAAUUGUCAGUGGAGUAUUUAUUAUAUUGCAAGCAAUACUUAGAUCACAGUGUAAUAAUACUGAAGGAUGAAUUAAGACUGAAAAUAGAACAAAAUGUUGGCAUGAAAAAAGAAAUUACUACCUUGCAAGAAACUGUAAAGAAUCUGAAGGAAAAGUCGAAAGAAAAGUCUAAAUUAAUUGAAACCAGGAUUGGUGAUUCUACUGGAGAAAUUCAUAAGUGUCCGCAUUGUCCGAAAACUUUUGUAUCUACUCUGUUUGUAAAUGCUCAUGUAGCACGUCGACAUUCAUACAUAUCAGACAUGUGUUUAUCUACUUCUCCUGUACAUGAACAUUACCGAGCAGAGACUGAAAAAUUACACAAUGAGAUAAAAACUUUGAAAGAGAGACUUAAUCAGACUGAAAGAAUAAUAAUGAAUGAGUCUGAUAAAUUGCUGGACAAUCCAGAAAGGGACUAUAUCAGGAAUAUGAAAAAAAAUGAAUACAAUGUUACCACAACUGACAAACAAGAGCAAAGAAAGUACCAAGAAGAUAUCAGCAACUUAAAGGAUAUGUUAUUUAAUGAAAUACGCGCAUUAAGAGAGAAAGAACAGAAUAUGAACGAGAGUAUCUUAGAAGCGAACGUGAAAUCUUUAAUCAAUCAACAAGAAAGAGAAAUUGAAAGUUUGAGAAGUCAACUUCUCGAAAAACUGACUCCAGACAUAGAAAGUAUGCAAAUGAAAUUACAAACGCAAGAAAAUUAUUGGAAAGCCAAGCUGGAAGACAUGGCGGCCCAACAUCACAGAGAUAUCGAAAGAUUGACCAUGGAAUUGAAAAUGACUCAACAAACGGCUGAUCGUACGAAAUCCGAAUAUCAGUCUAAAGUGUACGACUUGGAAAGGCUGUCUAUAGAUCAAUCAAACAUGUUGGUGGAACAAGGCAAGCAAUUGAACAGCCUGUCACGCGAAAUUAGCAGUUCGCAGAUACAAAACAACAACCACAGGGCCGGAGAAAAGGAUAUGGUAGGAAAAUAUCACGAAUCACCUAUAUUAAAAAUGAGACGCGAUAACGUCAUCAGCCAUACCAAAGAUAAUGAAACUUAUCGUAAGAACUCGAGCAACACAGGAAAUAACGAGAUAGUUAUCGAAGAAAUUGGUAGCGAAUCCAGUCGAGAAUAUAGUGACAGAUAUAUGUCUAAUGAAAAAGAUAUCAUGAAAGGCAAAGAUACCAGAAGCUCGAUUGCCGAUCUCAGCGAGAACGCAAAGUCCAAUCCGAAAAAUUCGCAGAGAUCAGAGACUGUUAUAAAAAUGAGAGACAAAGUGAAACAUGAUACAUUGAAAGAUGUAAGCGAAGCAAAAGUCCGCAAAAGUCCGAAUAGAAGUUUCCAUAUUAAGGAUUUAGAGGACUUUCCUGUGAACGUAAUUAAGAAGUAUAACAUUGAAAGAAAAAGAAUAUUUCCUACCGAUAAUACGAAAAAUAAUAAGAGAUCCGAAUUCUCAGAGAAGCGUAGCGUAAGUUCCAUGACAGAGUCCGAAUCUUCAUCGUCGAUGUCGCAGUCGGAGUCUGACAGCGAAAACGUUACAACGAACGAUGACGUCACGGUGAAGCAAUACGAAGUAAAAUCCAUGGUGAAGUCCUCCGACGCAAGAAGAACAUUGAUACCGGAAGACGCGCGCACUAUGCUCGACAACCGACUGAGAGAUUUAGGAAUUGAUUCUGAAUGGCAAGGUAUACCUGCAGCGACGUUUAAACAAAAGAUGGACAUUGUGAGACAUCAACAAGGUAUUAACGCGAAGAAAUUGCCGCAUUACAAUCGAAUAAAGCAGAAAAUACUCGAGGAUGUCCUUCGAAGGAUAUCGGCGAGUCGUGAGGAAUCUGAACAAACUAUAAAGACGAAGAAGUCUCCAUUACACAAGCUAGUCACUCACGUCAGAUCAAAGGCUGUGAAGGCGCUUAGCAGCCAUAUAGACAGUGAUGAACGUGCACCAGUUCGGAAAACGGGAAACACGACGCCGUCCAAAUUGCGUUUGAAGCAAAAGAUCGAACUCCUUCCUAGGAAAUAUAAAGACGAAGAAACAUUUGAGAAUGCACGCAAUUCCCCGUCGAUAAGAAAUGGGUCUGAUGUUUAUAUUAGUUCGAAAGCAGCAUCAACGCAACCAAGAUUAAUUGCUGAUCAUUAUAAAAGCACAAAUCGGAAUAUCUCCUCUGCAAGUUCCGUCGAAAGCUCACCGAAGAGUAUCAAACAGAUCUCGUCCAUGAAGAUAACCGUAUCGGAUAGUAACUUCCGCAAAGUAGACUCUCCGAUCGGCAGGAAGCAACUGACAACAUCGAAACUUUCUGAGAACAAUGACUCGGACAACACGAUCGCGCAGCAAGAAGAGACAAUCUUGUCUCCAAAAAAUAAUAGAAGCGUCUUGAAAGCAACGAGUGGUUCAGUUGGCAACUUGGUCAAGAAGAAGGUCAUUUUCGACUUAGAAGACGAAGAGACCAAGGCGAUGACAUUGGGAAAUAAUCCAGGAGAAAAAAUCCAAGCGAGUGACAACGAUUGGAGCAUCCUGAACUCCUCCGAGGCGAGAAAUUAUGCCUUGCAGAAAGAAAAAUCCAUGAGCACAGGUAACAUCAUCCUCAAGACUUCGCAGAGUGAUAAAAUCGCCGAAAUCUCGAAGAAGAUACAAGAACAGUUGACUAUAGCGAGGAAGCCGCCUGUGGGCUCGGUCGAAACGAUCUUCCGCUCCCACGUGAAUUUGCAGAACCUGACGGAUUACAACGCAAGGAAUCAGCUGUUGAGCUCAACCAGUUUGCCAAACACGAUUCCGGAGAGUCUUAUGCAGAGUUUCACAAGCCCCGAAGCGAAAAAUAACAUGCUCUUUCCGCAGCCCGCCCCGCGAACUCUGAAAGAUAAAGAUCUCGUUGCGGCUCAGCGCGAAAAUCAAAUGUCCCCGUUGAAAUAUUCCGAUUUGGACUCAGAUAUCGAUGAGAUAUUACAGAUGGAGUGAGCAAAUUAUCAUAUGCGAUAUCAAUCGCACAUGAAAUAUCUGUUCUUUUUAAUUGUAUUUCCGCGUUUGGUUUCUCAUCCCUUUCCCUUUGAGACGCGAGUGAUACAUGACUGUAAGUGCGGAAAGUGUAGGAGAAAGUGCAUAUUGUACUUUCUGUUUCUUUUAACUGCUCUUCCUGUAUUUAUGAUCUUUUUUUCUUUUUUUCUCCUCCAGGAAGUGUCAAACAUAUACCUGAUAAUCAUGUUUUUGGUAUACAAAAUAUAAUGCAGUUCACGAGAACAGACAGCAUUGUGAAAGCAGUUAGGAUAGAGAUUGGUUUGACCCACGUAGUGGGUCACCAUUGUGACACUGAGUACUGUAGAUAGAGAGAAGUGGAAAAAGAGUGCACGUGUUGUGCGUGUGUGUAUCAUAAUUUUUACAUCAUGGAUCGUGUGUUUACAAAUAAACAUGU